GUCCAUUGCUCUCCUCUUCAUACCCUCAUCAGACAUACUCUCUUUUUCUCCUUCUGUCAAAUUUCUUACAUUCUUAUAACUCAUAAGCUGCAAAUUAAGCUUAAGGGUUACUUCUCAUAUCUCUGAAUUGAAUGGGGUGUAAUUCAUUGGAGAAGUCGAAGACCAAGCCCAAACACCGAAAGGGGUUAUGGUCACCGGAAGAAGAUGCUAGGCUCAGAAACUAUGUCCUCAAAUAUGGCCUUGGCUGCUGGAGCUCCGUCCCUGUUAACGCCGGUUUGCAAAGGAAUGGAAAGAGCUGCAGAUUAAGGUGGAUUAACUACUUAAGACCAGGAUUAAAACGCGGGAUGUUUACGAUCGAGGAGGAAGAGACGAUCAUGGCCCUUCAUCGCUUGUUAGGCAACAAGUGGUCUCAGAUAGCGCAGAAUUUUCCUGGAAGAACUGAUAAUGAGAUUAAGAACUACUGGCAUUCAUGUCUCAAGAAGAAAGUGGUGAAAGCUCAGGAAAUGGAAGUUCAUAUGAACUCCCAAUGCAUCAACUCUAACUCACAGAGCAUUGAUUCUUCAACUUCACAAGAAAAGCCAUCAAUCCAACUUCCGGGUUUCGAAUCGUUUGAAAACAUGAAAGGAUCAUCUUCAACAGAUACUGAUCAGUCCAUUCCACAGAUGUUGGACUGUCCUAGAGUGGACACGCAGGAAAGCCCCUUGCCGAAGAUUUUAUUCGCAGAGUGGCUUUCUCUUGACCAUAUUUACGGCCAGCUCUUUGUUAAUUCAGGCGAGUCAGUCAUUUCCAAGGAUACUCUUGAUCAGCAUGAUCCAACCUUUCAAGACAAUUUCACGCAUGGUUUCCUACUGAACGAGGAGUCAUAUGUAGGUGAAUUGCACCAUGGCCUAAGCAAUGAUUCGUCCAGUGACAUGUUUUCGCCGCAAUUUAAGUUCGAGAGCCAGACUCCGGGAAGUGGGAUAUGUGAUUUUGUGUAUGGGGAUGAAAUAUGCAGUGAUUUCAACAUGAACGGCCAUGUAAUGUACUGAUGGUCAUUUUUUAAAA